CUGACGGAGGCAGAAGAGGCAGACAGACUGACAGACAAGCAGACCAACAGUGCGGCCCCGGGGUGCGGCCCCUGACUCCCGAGCUCCUUUGGUGGCGACUGGGGCUCGGCGCCGCGAAGCCAGAUGUGGUCCGGAGGCAGUGGGAAGGCGCGGGGCUGGGAGGCCGCGGCGGGAGGGAGGAGCGGCCCCGGCAGGCUCAGCCGCCGCCGAAUCAUGUCGAUGAGUCCAAAGCACACGACUCCGUUCUCAGUGUCUGACAUCUUGAGUCCCCUGGAGGAAAGCUACAAGAAAGUGGGCAUGGAGGGCGGCGGCCUCGGGGCUCCGCUGGCGGCUUACAGGCAGGGCCAGGCGGCACCGCCGGCCGCGGCCAUGCAGCAGCACGCCGUGGGGCACCACGGCGCAGUCACCGCCGCCUACCACAUGACGGCGGCGGGGGUGCCCCAGCUCUCGCACUCCGCCGUGGGGGGCUACUGCAACGGCAACCUGGGCAACAUGAGCGAGCUGCCGCCGUACCAGGACACCAUGCGGAACAGCGCCUCGGGCCCCGGAUGGUACGGCGCCAACCCAGACCCGCGCUUCCCCGCCAUCUCCCGCUUCAUGGGCCCGGCGAGCGGCAUGAACAUGAGCGGCAUGGGCGGCCUGGGCUCUCUGGGGGACGUGAGCAAGAAUAUGGCCCCGCUUCCAAGCGCACCGCGCCGGAAGCGCCGGGUGCUCUUCUCCCAGGCGCAGGUGUAUGAGCUGGAGCGACGCUUCAAGCAACAGAAGUACCUGUCCGCGCCGGAGCGCGAGCACCUGGCCAGCAUGAUCCACCUGACACCCACGCAGGUCAAGAUCUGGUUCCAGAACCACCGCUACAAGAUGAAGCGCCAAGCCAAGGACAAGGCGGCUCAGCAGCAACUGCAGCAGGACAGCGGCGGCGGCGGCGGCGGCGCGGGGUGCCAGCAGCAGCAGCAGCAAGCGCAGCAGCAGUCCCCGCGCCGCGUGGCCGUGCCGGUCCUGGUGAAAGACGGCAAACCCUGCCAGGCGGGCGCCCCCGCUCCGGGCGCCGCCAGCUUGCAAGGCCACGCGCAGCAGCAGGCGCAGCAGCAGGCGCAGGCCGCUCAGGCUGCCGCGGCAGCUAUCUCGGUGGGCAGCGGUGGCCCCGGCCUGGGUGCCCACCCGGGCCACCAGCCGGGCAGCGCGGGCCAGUCUCCGGACCUGGCGCACCACGCCGCCAGCCCCGCGGCGCUGCAGGGCCAGGUUUCCAGCCUGCCCCACCUGAACUCCUCGGGCUCGGACUACGGCACCAUGUCCUGCUCCACCUUGCUAUACGGUCGGACCUGGUGAGAGGACGCCGGGCCGGGCCUAGCCCAGCGCUCUGCCUCAUCGCUUCCCCCUCCUGCCCGGUCACACACCACCAACCACCCGCUACACCCUGCGCUUCGACUUUUCUUAAGAACCUGUCCCGUUGAGACCAAGGGAAAAAAAACCACAAAGACCAAACUGCUGGACGUCUUUCUUUUCUUUUUUUUCUAAAAUGUGCAGGAUUUUUUUUUUAAAGAAAAUAAAACAACCAAGCGAAUCCAAUUCUUCUAAGGAGUCUUUAAGCAGAGAAGGACAUAACAAGAACCGCUUUGGGGGUGUCUUUGGGGGUGAUUCAAAUGGGUUUCCCACGCUCGGGCGGGAUGUAGUUUGGAGAGGGCUCUACGCUGACAUGGCUCUGGACGCUUAAGAUCGAAAUCGUCACUCUGGGUACACCGUGCCAGCAAAGUGGACUCGCUUGUAAAUACGGGGAUUUCUUUGAAGGGGCGACAGGGGGCUGGGGAAAGGAAAAGACAGAACCCGCUUGCCACUGACACAAAGGAAAUGCCCCCUCCUGCCUCCCCUGGCCACCCAGGCUCAGCUGAGAUCGGCCCUGGUUAAAAUCGUUUUAUGUUUGAUGUGAACUUGUAGUUGUAAAACGCUGUCAAAAGUUGGACUAAACACUUAGUUUUUAGUAAUCUGUACAUUUUGUUGUAAAAAGCAAAAACAAAAAAAGCAGUCCCCCUCCCCUUCCCCAGCCCAUCAUAUUUUUUAUGGGCCAAGACAAAUCUGUGUAUAUUAUUUGGCAGUUUGGUAUUUGCAGCGUCAGUCUUUUUCUGUUGUAACUUAUGUAGAUAUCUGGCUUAAAUAUAGUUCCUAAGAGGCUUCUAAUAAAUUAUACAAAUUAAAAGGAUUCUUUUUCUGAUUAAAAA